CAAUCCAAAAGUGUUCGUCUUCUGCUUAUUAAAAUAUUACUAAAAUACAAACUCUACCUACACUCUCCGAUCACCUGAGACUUCUACAAAAAAAUAUCCCAAGCAGCCGACUUUUAGCUUAAUUUUUUCUCAUCUGAACUUAUAAUUUUAUUUUCAGAUUCCUUCAAUCAUGGACGUUGAUCCUCGUCAAUAUGAACAAGUCGUCAUCAAAGAUAAUGAUAUUCACAGCAUUGUUCUGUCAUAUUUGGUGCAUAACUGCUAUAAAGAAACUGUGGAAUCUUUCAUUGCGAGUACGGGGAUGAAACAGCCUGCAGAUUGUCUUGAUGACAUGGAGAAAAGAAAAAGUAUUUUUCAUUAUGCAUUGGAGGGGAAUGCACUGAAGGCUAUUGAGCUUACAGAAGAGCUUGCACAUGACUUGCUAGAAAAUGAUAAAGACUUGCAUUUUGAUCUCUUAAGCCUUCAUUUUGUUGAGCUUAUCUGCACUCGGAAGUGCACGGAAGCAUUGGAAUUUGCUCAAACGAAGUUGACUCCAUUUGGAAAAGUCCAGAAGUAUGUUGAAAAGCUUGAAGACUUUAUGGCUCUGCUGGCUUAUGAAGAACCAGAAAAAUCUCCAAUGUUCCAUCUUCUUAGCUUGGAGUAUCGGCAACAAGUUGCAGAUAAUUUGAAUCGAGCUAUUCUUGCGCAUGCAAGCCGCCCAAACUACACCGCCAUGGAGAGAUUGCUACAGCAGACAACAGUAGUGAGACAUUCCUUAAAUCAAGAUCAUGGCAGGGAAGGGAUUUCGCCUUUUUCUUUGAAAGAUUUUCUAAGGAGCUAGAGUGAGGACAUGCUCCAAAUACUAGUGGCAAGGGGUAACCAAAGUCACCUCGCUGCCACCAUAAAUAUUAGUUUUGUGCAAGUCUCAACAUUAAAACUGUUAAGGGUUCUGCACAGAUUGGAUUUUAGUUUUGGUGAUUUUGGUGAUUUUGAUGAUUCAAUGGUGUAUAAAUUUUUUUCAUGAAAACAAGACCUUAGGAACUCUGAUUAUUCCAUAGCGUAGUAUCAGAUAUUGAUUUGGCGUAACUAGGACUCUGAUUAUUCGAAGCAAGGUCGAGAUGGAAUAUGUCUCAUAAUAUUUCUCAUUUGGAUAUGGGAAUUACCUUUACAAUAUUUUUCAUGAGGCAAAAGCUGCCAGUACGGUUGUAUAUAUAUUUUUCAUAUUCAAGUAACAUCAUUCCAUCUGAAA